AUGCCGAUGCACGUCCCUACACUCGCCAUCUUUCACAAGUUGCAGGCAGACCCCACUGUAGCAGACAGCGACGGCAGCGUACUGGCCGAGUUCGAGGCGGCGCCCUGGCUGCUACCGCCGCGCACCAAGGCACUCAAGUAUGUGGGUGUGCACGCCCUGGACCGCUUGCUGGAGCUGAGGUCGGCGCCAGUUGGCAACUACUCCAAGGCAAUCGCCUUCCUCACCUUCAACAACAGAUUUGCACAAAUGGCGCAGAACUGCAUCUACUCCAUGGUGAAAUUUGGCGGCGUGCGCAACUACAUUGUGGGCACGUGGAGUUCGGAAGACCUGGAGGCAUGCGCCGACCUGAACCUGCCCUGUGCCGACAUAUCGAGCUUUCUCCCAGAGCCGCUGGACCAUGCCCCAAAUGCUGGCGACUACGGCACCCAUGACUACAAUGUCAUCUGUUGGGUGCGGCCUGCUGUGAUCGCACACAUGCUUGAACAGGGCUUUGCCGUGCUCAAUACAGACAGCGACAUCGUGUUCACCUUCAAGCCGGUGUGGGCCAGCUACAUGAAGCUGAUUGAGCGGUCGCAGGCUGAUGCCGCCUUUCAGAGGGAGGAGCCGGUCAAUGGCGGCAACUUUGUCAUCCUGCCCCGCCCUGCGACUGUCAAGAUGGUGAGGGAGUGGGCUGCAUUUGCCAAGGAGGCCAUCAAGGCGGGGCAGCACGAUCAGGAGUGGGCAAAGCGGUUUCAGGGCACCAGGUUCCUGGUCUGCAAGGACAAGGAGACCUGCAGGGCGGGUCGGCAGCAGAUCAGUCGAGAAAACAAGACAGACACGCACCCCCUGCUCCAAACGUACAACACCCAGUUUCUACACUAUUAUAACGAUGGCUGCGCCCUGGCGCGGGGGGGGAACCUGCCUCCCCUGGACUUGUGUGACCCCGCAAUUUUCUAUCUGCACCCCAUCUGCACGGGGUACAGCGGCAAGCAGCCUCUCUUUCAAGGCCAGGGCACCUGGUUCUUGGCUGACUGUGUGCCUCGCAACGGCACUGUGAGCCAGGUGGCUGCGUGCCAGCCAGCGCGAUGGCGGGACCCCGGCAUGGAGGCGGCGAUGCACAACUGCGCCGAGUUCCGCCUGGGUCUGGACUUGGAGCGGCAGCCCCAGCGGGUGAAGGCGGCACAGGCGGCCUGA